UGACUGACUGAGGAUCUGAGGCUCCUCCACCUGCUGCUGCUGCUGCUGCUGUUGACCAAUCAGCGGCCCGCCUGCCACGGCCGGACAACAUCCGGGGCCCCGGGCACAAAUGUGAAGAUGGACCCCUGAGAGGAUUACCAUACAGGACAGAUGCCUCCCAGACCUCUGGAGCCUCUGGCCAAGAAGCUCAUGAAGGGAGUGAUCGUUGCCGAGCUGCUGGGCGUCUUCGGGGUUUACGGCCUGUUUCACAUGAUGAACAACAGUCAAGAUUUCAGGAACACUAUGAACAAGAGAUUCCCAUCAAUUCUAGAGGUUUACUACAAGUCCAACGAGUGGGCGGGAGUCUACGGCAUCCGAGAGAGAGACCACCAAGUCUGGUCGACCAAACAGGAGUGAAGACGUCCGCCAGUGGAAAGACCACAUCGUCAGCUACUUCUUCUUCUUCUUGUUCCCGAACGUCCUGCCUGUUGUCCUGGGUCGGCCGAACAUCGUCUUCUUCUUGUUGAACAUGGUCUUCUUCUUGCGCAGCGUCUUGGCGUCGCGGCCAUGGAUCCAGUCGUCACGCUGAGCCUCCCACUUGAGCUGCUUCAGACCUGCAGAAGAGAGGAACAAGAUCAUUGCCUGUAAAGUGUUUUAUCAUGAAUCUGAUGGAACAACACAGUGGAAAGGUUUAAAAUGUUUUAAACUACACCAGGUGCUUGGUUUACAACUUCCUCGACCUACGGCUUUUCGUGGUUAAAUCACUAUCUCCCAUAAAUUUAUUAAGAAAGUCUUGUUCCAUCUUUCCGACGUACAGUGUUUGUGACGUCAAAACAAAUUUGGCGCGGGAACUAGUUGGUGAAUGAAAGAUGAAUACGUCAGCGCUAUACGAGGAAGACGGCCUUGUUUAUAUUUACCAGUUGUACCACAUACGUCACAGUAUGUGAGUUCUGACUUACGGUGAAAAUCGUGUUACGUCACACCGUAGGAACGAAAUUUCGACCUAAGACAAGGACCCCUGUACUCUUCAAUCAUAUAUGUGGGUUGAUGAGUUGUAGGUUGUUACCAUCAAUGCUCCUGUUCAGAUCCUUUUUAAUUUAAUUCAAGUGUCAAUGAUGUAAUUUACAUAGAGUUAGAGCUUUAUUAUUUACAUUAGAAUCAAGUAAAAGGGAUCUCUGAACAGGAGGAGUAAAACCAGCAACGAUGGAAACCUGUUUCACUGCCAAUAUGUUAAUAUUUCACUGAGGGAAACAUUACAGGAAUUAUUGUGAUUUAUUGUGAGUGUUUGAAGCUGAAUGUGACUGAUGUAAGUGAUUUUCUCUCUGGGGAGAAGUUAUUAAAUGCGGCUGGUAUCCAGCAGACUCACUAAAAGCC